CGUUCUUUCGCUGGAGCUGCUGGUCUCUGGUGAAGCCUUUUUGCGUGUUGCGUACCGAGUGCAGACCAAGAAGCCUUUUUAGUCUCCCCCAACACACAAUGAUUUAACGCAACUUCACAAGGGUCUUUCUAUUCUGUCAGAUCGGUUGAAGCUUGCAUGCUGGUUAUUCCAUCUUGCACACUGGUAACAAACUGUAGGAGAGGUUGCCAAAGCAUCAUGCCGACAUGCCAACCACUGAGUAUUUGUAUCUAUCUUGCAAUUGUCAGGUCCAGCACACAGCAGCAACCAACCAGCGGUAUCAACAGCUGGAUCAACCACGCGAAGAAUAGGAAGCUUCAAGUAGUCUCCAAGCCUUCUCACAAUUUAACCCAACACCAAACCAAAAAACACUCAACUCGAACCAAACCAACUUUCUUCUUUCUCAUCAUCUCACCACACCAUGACUAAACAAACUUCAUCGUCUUCCAUGCUGGAACAACAAAGGAAGCGCGUUACCUUCGGAAGCAACUCAGCCUCCGAGGCUCCUGAGCUCUACGCCCUCGAUGCUGAGCAGUGCGAAGUCCUGUGGUUUUCCAGAGCAGAGCUUGCCAAAGUUUAUGUGAGCUUGCGAAAAACACUCCGAAAGAAGGGGACGCUGGAUGAGUCGAGGUAUACCCGCCGGGGCUUGGAACAAAUGCUCAACAAGGGACUUCCGGAAAUUCGAAAGAACUCUGUCCAAGCAAUCUUGCAAAUACAAGCGGCGCAUAAAAAGCGAAACGACAGCAGCAUGGGUGAUGUGUCGCAGAGUCUGGCAGCAAUUUCCAUGGAGCUGAACAGGGAUUCUGUGAGCAGGGGCAUCCUGUUGGGCGCUAGGGAUAUGGCAGAAGCACGUCGCGUCUACGCAGUGUCUUCCAUGACCAUGAACUCUGCCAAGAUCGCUGACUGCUACAGCACCCCCACUGCCACGACUGCUGCUGCUGCUUCUGCUGCUGCAUGUGAAGCACGUUGUGACGCCAUUGAGCAGCGAACAGCAACCGCUGCGAGAUCUGCAUAA